AUGGAUGUAGCUGGCGAUCGCAGGCUCCUCAUCCACGGAUUCGAAAGCGUCGACCAUGGCGACGACGAAAGCAGGACGUUCCCAGCCUCCGCUACGCCCCUCCCGCUGACGACCGAGACAUCCUCCCCCAUCACCUCGCCCCCUUACUGGGUCCAGUCGCACAAGCGGAGCGCGUCUCAGGUCUCGGUAGACUCGGUUUUACAUGGCGGUAUCACGCUGCACGAUAAUACCACCGGAUACUCGGACAGCAACGACGCGUGCUGGGCGAGGAGUGUCACGAUUGACGAGCAUGCGGUGGUCAAUGGCAAUAGGACAGGCAUAGGCGCAUUUGUCGUGUGGAACAUAACGAUCGAGACGCUGAGUGGAAGCAAAAUACACUUGCGAAAGCGGUACUCGGAGUUCGACACGUUGCGGCGCAACCUCCUGAUGACCUUUCCGCUCUCCGAAGCUUCCAUGCCGCCCCUACCUCCAAAGGGCGUCGUCUCUAAAUUCCGGCCCAAGUUCUUGGAUCAGCGAAGAAUUGGCUUACAGUAUUUCUUGAAUUGUAUACUUCUUAACCCCGAGUUCUCCAGCUCGCCAGUCAUGAAAGACUUUCUAUUUACAUAA